UGGACAUUCCCCGGCAAUCCAGCUACGGUCCCACUGAAUUGCACGCUGCCGGAAAAUGUUGAAGAAUAUUUUGAAUAAAUCCAGGCAGGUGCUCUAUCCAGUGGCCAGGACCUUCACCCGAAGCACCAAUCACGGCAAUGCGGCGACCGAAUCCGCACCAGCUACGACGGCGACGGCUCCGCUGACGCAGAAGUCCACACCAUUGAUUUUGCCGCAAGAUUACACCGCCAGCUACUCGCCGGUGAGCCGCAACACAGCCAGACAGGCAUGGAUUGAGAACACGGACGCGGUGGCGGAACACAAGGUGGGAUUGAUUGAGCUGCAUCCUGACGUCUUUGCCGCUCAGCCGCGGGUCGAUAUUAUCCAGGAGAAUUUGGAGUGGCAGCGAAAGUAUCGUUAUGUAAGCAGCCACACAAAAACACGGGCGGAGGUGCGAGGCGGCGGCCGCAAGCCGUGGCCACAGAAGGGCAUGGGCCGUGCUCGGCAUGGUUCCAUCCGGUCACCCCUGUUCAAGGGCGGUGGCGUGGUCCACGGACCCCUCCCCACCACUCACUUUUACAUGCUGCCCUUUUACAAGCGCGUUCUCGGACUUACCUCCACUUUGAGCGUCAAGCUGGCCCAGGAUGAUCUGCACAUCGUUGAAGGUGUGGACAUACCCACGGGAGAUGCACAGUUCCUGAAGGAUCUAAUUGCCGAGCGAAACUGGGGACCCUCGGUCUUGAUUGUCGAUGAGGAUCACAUGUUUCCAGCCAACAUUUCCCAGGCCAGCGAUAAUCUGGGGUAUGUCAAUCUGAUGCCUUCCUUUGGCCUAAACGUGUAUUCUAUGCUGAAGCACGACACUCUGGUGCUAACGGUGGCAGCUGUGAAGCAUCUGGAACAGCGUCUGUUGUAUCAACUCCAUCGCAACGAUGCCGCCAGCAAGGGCGGCAAGUUCAAGCUGGAUCAAGUCUAGAAGUUAAGGCAGUUCAAAAAUUCUUUUAUUAUUAUUUUUAAACAUUACGGAGGAUGCGAGUAAAUGCAUUGUUAAACAUUAAA